CUCAAAACCCUUAAUAUAGUACAGUAUUACAGAAAUUAAUCACUAAUAUGAGAAUUUUACAAGCUUCUAUCAUCGUAAUCCUACUAUCAACCUUAACCUUAACCCAUGCAACCACAAUUGACGUGUUCAACAACUGUGGAUACACAGUAUGGGCCGCGGCCUCUCCAGGAGGUGGCCAGCAACUAAACCCAGGUGAAACCUGGCAGUUAAACCCCGCACCCGGGACAAGUAUGGCCCGUGUGUGGGGCCGCACAGGUUGCACCUUCGAUGCCAACGGCAACGGCCGUUGCGACACCGGAGAUUGCGGAAAACUCGUAUGUGACAACGGGAACUGGGGUACAGUUCCCAAAACCUUAGCCGAAUACACACUAGCUAACCCGACGGAUACCAUCGAUAUUUCGCUUGUCGAGGGGUUUAACAUCCCUAUGGAUUUCAGUCCUACGAGUGGAUUUGGUGGGAAAUGUAAGAGUAUAACGUGUAAUGCUGAUAUUAAUGGGGAAUGUCCCCAAGAAUUAAGGGCAACUGGUGGGUGUAACAAUCCGUGUUCAGUGUUUAACGAGGUGAAAUAUUGUUGUACAUCUGAACGUGGGUCUUGUGGGCCCACUGAUUACUCUCAGUUUUUUAAGACAAGGUGCCCUGAUGCUUAUAGUUACCCUCAAGAUGAUGAGACUAGUACCUUUGCUUGUGCUUCUGGAACCAACUACAAGGUCACUUUUUGCCCUUAAUUAUUUGCAUGCUAUUAAAUAUUAUGCAUGUAAACUAAAAGUUAAUUAUAUACUAUUUCGUAUUGUAAGAUCAAAGAUAUGGAGUUAUUUGUAUCGACAAUAAGGUAGAGCCUUUGGGUAUGUUUGUACUUUAGUAUUAUCAUUUUCUUUCAUUGUAAUUGUGUGUUAUUUGCGAG